AUGGGGGAGCGGCUGGGGGCCGAGGCGUGCGCGGCGGCGCUCGGGGCCGCGCUCUCCCUGCUGCUCUUGGCGCUGGUGGUCCGCCAGCUCCUGAGGCAGAGGCGGCCUGCGGGCUUCCCGCCGGGGCCGCCGCGGCUGCCGGUUCUCGGCAACCUGUGCGCGCUGGCCGCCUCCGCCGAGCUGCCGCACGUGUACCUGAGGCAGCAGAGCCGCGUCUACGGCGAGAUUUUCAGUUUAGAUCUUGGAGGAAUUUCAGCUGUGGUUCUAAAUGGCUAUGAUGUAGUAAAGGAAUGCCUUGUCCAUCAAAAUGAAACUUUUGCAGACAGACCAUGCCUGCCUUUAUUCAUGAAGAUGACAAAAAUGGGAGGUUUGCUCAAUUCCAGAUAUGGCCGCGGGUGGACUGAUCACAGAAAAUUGGCUGUUAACAGUUUUCGCAAUUUUGGAUGUGGUCAAAAGUCUUUUGAAUCUAAAAUCUUAGAAGAAGUCAAUUUUUUCCUGGAUGCUAUUGAAACAUACAAAGGUAUAGCUUUUGACUUCAGACAACUAAUAACAAACGCUGUUUCAAACAUAACUAAUCUUAUCCUGUUUGGAGAACGGUUCACUUACGAGGAUACUGAUUUCCAGCACAUGAUUGAGUUAUUUAGCGAGAAUGUGGAACUGGCUGCAAGCGCCUCAGUCUUCCUGUAUAACGCCUUUCCGUGGAUUGGCAUUUGGCCUUGCGGGAAACACCAACAGCUGUUUAGAAAUGCAGCCAUAGUGUAUGAUUUUCUCUCAAAACUUGCUGACAAAGCUUCAGUCAACAGAAAGCCUCAUUUACCUCGGCAUUAUGUUGAUGCUUAUUUAGAUGAGAUGGAUCAAGGUAAAAAUGACCCUCUGUCUACUUUCUCCAAAGAAAAUCUGAUUUUUUCAGUGGGUGAACUCAUCAUUGCUGGAACUGAAACUACAACCAAUGUGCUCCGCUGGGCAAGUCUUUUCAUGGCCCUGUAUCCUAACAUCCAAGGACAAGUGCAGAAGGAGAUUGAUUUCACUUUGGGCUCUGGGAAGAAGCCUUCUUGGGAUGACAAGUGCAGAAUGCCUUAUACUGAAGCAGUUUUGCAUGAGGUUUUACGAUUCUGUAAUAUAGUUCCACUGGGAAUUUUUCAUGCAACCUCUGAAGAUGCUCUUGUAUGUGGUUAUUCCAUUCCUAAAGGCACAACAGUAAUCACAAACCUUUAUUCGGUACACUUUGAUGAAAAAUACUGGAAGGACCCAGACAUAUUCUAUCCUGAGCGAUUUCUGGACAGCAGUGGAUGUUUUUCUAAGAAGGAAGCUUUGAUUCCUUUUUCUCUGGGGAGAAGACAUUGUCUUGGAGAACAUCUGGCUCGGAUGGAAAUGUUUUUGUUUUUUACAACAUUGCUUCAGAGAUUUCAUUUGCAUUUCCCACAUGGACUUAUUCCAAAUCUGAAGCCCAGGUUAGGCAUGACAUUGCAGCCCCAGCCCUACCUAAUCUGUGCUGAAAGACGUUGAAAGUGCAUGCAUGUUUUGGAGGAUAGCCCUAAUUAAUCAAAAGUCACAGUUUAUAAAGCCAAAUGAAUACACUUGUAUUGUUAUAAAAAACCAGUACUAGACCAGUAACAAGGAUUUGUUGAUAUUUUUUCAAGCUUCUAUUAUUUCUAGUGGAGUUCUCUGUGGUAGAACAGAAACCUGCAAAUGCCAGGUGUUGGUGUGUAUGCUAAGGAGAGUCUGCACAGAGCUACCUAUAUAUACUACACUAUAUAUACUAUAUAGUGUAACGUUCCUCUCGUUUCUUUUGAACUCAUCUGAUUUUUGUCCUAGGGAGCUUUGCUUCCAAAUACCAACCCUUUCCCAUUAGGUCCUGUAAUUAAUAAGCUGUAAUGCAGUCCAGGACUAAAGAAGAAACUAAAACAAAAAUAAAUGAAUUUCAUCUAUAAAGGUAUCUAUCUCUAAGCAUUGCCAAGGGCUAGUGCUGAUCUAAAAAUAACAGUAUCCAAGCAUCCUGAUCCUCACUCUUAAUGAAACCAAAACCAUCUCUCACGGCAGCUAUCACAUCCAUUUUCCUGGCUUCAUUAGUAAACUCAAAUGCAUUAGAUAGAACAUCUAUAUUGGUUGCUCUUUCCAAUUUGUUACACUAGUCUGUUGAGAUAUUAAACCUAACAUGGUCACCUUCCUGCAGGGUCACCUUGCAUUUCAUGUCUUUGUCUCUAAAGGUAAACUUUAGGAAUCACAAGGUCAACUUUGAUUCGUCCUGGCAAUGGGUUAUUCUGGUUUUUACUGGGGACUUUGGGGAUAACUUUGCUUAUAGCUACUUCAAAAUGUUCAUUGCUGAGAUCUUCAAAAAUGACUGUUCUUGAGGCAAAAGUCUGACAUUGGUUGCAACUUCUUUGCCAUUUCUGUCCUUGUUUGUGAACUCUAGGUCGCCUUUAAAUUCACUGUAGUGAAAGAAUAUCUCCUUUAUAAAAUUACCUCCUUCAUGGUACAGACUA